GCAGAAAGCAGGAAGAGUAGUGGCACAGCUUCUUCACACCCAACAUCUGACUUCUGUCUUCAGCAGACCCAGAGCAUCAUGGUCCACAAAGAGUUUGAGGCUGCAGGGAAGAAGCCUGGCUUGCAGGUAUGGCGGGUAGAGAAAAUGGACAUGAAACCCGUUCCAACUCAGUUCUAUGGAGAUUUCUACAUCGGCGACGCCUACAUCGUGCUCCACACCACCCCGGCACCUUCUUACGCCCUGCAUUCAUGGAUUGGAGAUGAUGCGUCAAAAGACGAAAUUGGCGCUGUGGCCAUUUUCCUGACACAGAUGGAUGACCACCUGAAAGGCGCGGCGGUGCAGUUCAACGAGUUCCAGAACCAAGAGUCCGUCGUUUUUCUUGGUUACUUCAAGUCUGGAAUCAAGCACAAGAAAGGUGGAGUAGCCUCUGGCUUUCAACAUGUGGUGACCAAUGACAUGAAUGUGAAGCGUCUGCUGCAUGUUAAAGGCCGCCGUUCAAUCAAAGGCGUAGAGGUGGACCUGUGCUGGGGCAGCUUCAACAAGGGCGACUGCUUCAUCAUUGACUUGGGAAAGGACAUCUACCAUUGGUCUGGCAGUGAAAGCAAUCGCUAUGAGCGCCUCAAAACCACUCAGAUGGCCAACGAUAUCCGUGAUAAUGAGCGAAAAGGGCGUGCCAAGGUGCACAUGAUUGAAGAAGGUUCUGAACCAGAUGCUGUCAUUAAAGAACUUGGACCAAAGCCGGAGCUCCCUCCAGGGGGCAGUGAUGUAUCUGAGGAGAAAGCCCAAAAGACCAAGACAUCUCUGUAUUUGAUUUCCGAUGCCACUGGUCAAAUGUCUGUAACUUUCCAGUCUAACGGCCCCUUCAAACAAGGCAUGCUCUCUCAAAAUGAAUGCUACAUCUUGGACGAUGGAGCAAACAACAACAUAUUUGUCUGGAAAGGAAGAGAUGCAAAUGCAGAUGAGCGUAAAGCUGCAAUGACAGCUGCACGCAAGUUUAUUCAAGACAAAAAUUACUCCCCAAAAACAAAGGUGCAGGUAAUUCCUUCAGGAAGUGAGACCACAUUGUUCAAGCAGUUCUUUUUCAAAUGGCUGGAGGGAGAGACCACAGGAAAGACUUACACUGUGGGUGGCAUCGCUAAAGUUGAUCAGAUUCCCUUCGACCCCUCCAAACUGCACAGCAACAACGCCAUGGCUGCCCAGCACGGCAUGGUGGAUGACGGCUCCGGGAACGUCAAGAUCUGGCGCGUGGAAGGAAAAGAUAAAGCGCUCGUGGACCCCUCCAGUUAUGGACAUUUCUAUGGUGGUGACUGUUACCUGGUGCUUUACUCCUACCAAGAUGGAGGCAGACAGAAGUACCUCAUCUACACCUGGCAAGGCCAGAAGUGUACUCAAGAUGAACUGACUGCUUCAGCUUUUCUCACCGUCAAACUGGACGAUUCUAUGGGCGGAGUGGCCACACAGGUUCGGGUCACUCAGGGCCAGGAACCCCCCCAUCUUGUGAGCUUGUUUAAAAACAAACCCUUUGUCGUCCACCUGGGUGGGACGUCCCGUAAAGGUGGUAACAGCACGCCAGGCAGCACACGGCUCUUCCACAUCCGCCAGAGCUCCACCAAAGCUACUCGAGCUGUUGAGGUGGAAGUCAAAGCCUCCUCCCUGAACACCAACGAUGUGUUUGUGCUGAAGACACCCACCUCCCUGUUCGUGUGGAAGGGGAAAGGUGCAAGUUCAGAUGAGAUCGCUGCAGCUGAGAGCGUUGCCAAGUUUCUGGGAGGGUCUGUCACCAAGGUGGAGGAGACCAAAGAGCCAGAUGGUUUCUGGUCAGCACUGGGUGGGAAGGGCAGCUACCAGACCUCCAAGACCCUGCAGAAUGUGAUCAGACCCCCUCGACUGUUCGGCUGUUCCAACAAGACGGGCAGGCUCAUUGCAGAAGAGGUGCCUGGUGACUUCACUCAGCUCGAUCUGGCAACUGAUGACGUCAUGAUUCUGGACAGCUGGGAUCAGAUCUUUGUUUGGAUUGGAAAUGAAGCCAACGACGCUGAGAAAGCAGGAGCUCCAAAGAUCGCCCAAGUCUACGUGGACUGUGACCCUGCUGGUCGCCGCGGGGUCCCCAUCGCCACCAUCAAGCAGGGCCAGGAGCCACCGUCCUUCACCGGCUGGUUUCAUGCUUGGGACAGCCACAUGUGGGACAAAGCUCAUCAGUAAUGCAGAGAGCAUCAAAAUCUAUUAGCAGGAAAAAAAAAAAGUAUUGCUUCUGCUAAACAUUCAUCUUGCUGGACCAAACGCUUAAUCUUAAUCAGAUGAGCUUAAGAUUUUUACUUUUGUGUUUCAGUGUAGACCAGAUUUUAAACAAAAUCUUGAAGUUUUAUGCUCAAAGUGUCACAAAAAUAAUUCCUUAAGAUGAAACUCUCACUUCAUUUUCUUUUAAGUUGCAGUUUUAACCCAUUCAUUUAAUAAAAUAAACUGUUUUCAAGCCACUAAGAGAAAGCUCAAUAGAAUCCUCCAAGUUGUCUCAGAAGAACUUUGAAUUAUGUCAUAAAAAAGGGACUGCCAUAUAAAAAUGGAUCAUUAUUGUUUAAAUGUUACAAAUCUCUCCUGUAUUCUGGUCUUAAUUUUAAAGAGAAAUAUCGACGCUGAUUUAAAAUAAAAAAAUCUAAAGUUUGGC